AAGUUGCAGCGCCGCUGUUUCGUCUCGCGCUUCGGUCAGCUCCAGCGGUUAGUGAGGAAGGCAGCGAGUAGCAUCGGGGAUGCUGAGGAGAAACCGGCUUCGACACUUUAAUUAAUGAAGUAAAACAGCGGGUCUGGCUGAAAAAUGGAUUCGGUAGAGUCGAGGAUUAUUAAGUGUAGGCGAGUUUUAUUGUAAUUGAGGUUCCUGUGGUGACGCUGAGGCGACUGAACCGUCCUGACUGGAUUUAUCUCGAGUUAGCUGUGUGAUAAAAAUGGAGAUUUUUGUGUGGAUUUUUGUGUUAACGGCGGUGACUGGACCGAGCUAUUCAGCCGAUGAGUGCAGCUGGAGGGGAAGCGGUCUCUCUCGGCCGGAGCAAGAUGUCGAACAGGUGUUCCUGCGCUGCGCCGAAGGCUCCGUCGAGUUCCUGUACCCUACCGGAGCUCUGCGUCUCACUCUCUUGCCCCGCCUACCCGGACACGGAGUGGGAGGGGCCAGCGGGACACCCUCAUCUGUCUGCGUCAAGCCGGAGCCUCAGUGGGGUGGAGCCCAGCUUUACCUGGAGAGAGGCGGAGUCCUGGAGCUAUUAGUGAGCGACACGGCUGGUCCCUCCCAUAUUCGCUGUUUCACCAUCACUUCUGGGGAAAGCCCCGCCCUGUUCCUGCAGGCCACGCCCCACAGCGACAUCAGCAGGCGCAUCGCGGCUUUCCGCUAUGAGCUGAGAGGGGAUUGGACGGCGCGGCUAUCCGUCAACUCCCUGGACGCUAAUGUGGAUACGGAAGAAGGAGUGUGCAGGCCGUGUAACGACACAGAGAUGCUGAUGGCAGUGUGCACCAGUGACUUUGUGGUGCGUGGGAAUAUCCGUGCGGUGGAUACGGACUCGGAGCAGCGCGUGUCGGUGAUCAGGGUGAGCGCGACACGUGUGUACCGUCAGAAGUGGCCUCUGUUCUCCAGCGCGGGCCGCCUCACACACUCCGGAGAGAUACGCACACUGCUGCGCUGCGGAGUCCGGGCCGGCUCCGGAAGCUUCCUCUUCACUGGACACGCCCACUUCGGGGAGGCCUGGCUCACCUGCGCACCCAGGUACAAGGACUUCCUGAGAGUGUACGAGCACGCCAAGCAGAACCUGCAGAUUCCCUGCACACUCCACACCUGACACUCGUACACUACAGGCAGAACAGAGUGAGACAGGACUUCCUGGUCCUCCUGGAGAUACAGAGAGAGACACAGCAAAAUCUUUAUCUUCACGGAGAGAGACGCACGAUGAGAUCUUCACGGAGAGAUACACACGAUGAGAUCUUCAUGGAGAGAGACACACGAUGAGAUCUUCAUGGAGAGAGACACAAUGAGAUCUUCAUGGAGAGAGAAGCACAAUGAGAUCUUCAUGGAGAGAGAGACACAAUGAGAUCUUCAUGGAGAGAGACACAAUGAGAUCUUCAUGGAGACAAACACACAAUCAUGGAGAGAGACACAAAAUGAGAUCUGCAUGGAGAGAGAGAGACAAAAUCUUUAUCUUCAUGGAGAGAGAUAUACCAUGAAAUCCUCAUGGAGAGAGAGAGACACAAAAGGAGAUCCUCAUGGAGAGAGACACAAUGAGAUCCUCACAGAGAGACUACCUAAGCGUGUAUCUCCAUGAAGCUUUGCAGUGAGACGUGAGACAUCAGGACGUUGAGAGAUGAGCUGUAAGUGAAGGAGGUGUAGCGUGAUGUCAGUGUUCACACACGGGUUAAAUAUAUCAUAUAUACAUUUGCACUGAGGAGGAGGGAGCUGAAACCAAAUGAACGCAGACGAUAUGUAGCACGCACACACACACACACACACACACACACACACCCUGGAGUGUUAACAGUAACGCCGUACACACCCUUGUUUACGAGGUGUGUUUCUAUAUGAAGCUAGCGUAAGUUCCAUGCUAGCAGGCUAACGUUAAACCAGUAGAAAGGACCGGAUCAGAUGAUGAAGCACUUUCACUGCACCUCCGUUAACUUCACACCACUUUAAUACCUUUAUUACAGCAGUGUUGUUGUUGUUGUUGUUUAUUGAAACUGAGCAGAUGUUUAUUUUUAAGCUGAUUUUAUUUACUGCACAAUGCUUUGUGUUUAAAUAAAGAUGUGUAAGAUGUCAGAGAAAUAUAUUUAAUACCCGAGCCAAGAGCACGCCCAUAAUCCGGGAUAUAUAUAUAUAUACACACACCAUACAUCUCGAUAUUCAUCUCAGUGUGUGUGUGUGUGUGUGUGUGUGUGUGUGUAUUGUUGUAAAUAAGAUGUUUUAGAAGAGAGAAUAUUGUGUACACGUGACUGUGAUUAAAUACACGUUUAAAUGAA